AUGCCUAAUGAGAAGAAUGAGCUAGUGACUAUGAGACCAGUCACUGGAUGGAGAGUGUGCAAGGAUUAUAUGAAGUUGAAUGCUUGGUCUCAGAAGGACCAUUUUUCGAUGUCAUUCAUGGAUCAAAUGCUAGACAAGCAAUUUAUCAAGGACGUCUCGAAGAUUGCUAGUCCACUUUUCAAGCUUCUCGAGAAGAAGGUAACAUUUAAUUUUGAAGAUGUAUGUAAGAAGGAUUUUGAAAGCCUAAAAGAGAAGUUCGUGUCUGCUCCAAUCAUUGUGUCUCUGGAUUGGUCUUCACCUUUUGAAGUUAUGUGUGAUAUUAGUAGAUUAACCUUAGGGUCUGUACUAGGCCAAAGAAAAGAAAAGAUUUCUCAUUCUAUCUACUAUGCUAGUAAGGCACUAAAUCCUGCCCAAAAGAACUAUACCGUAAUGGAGCAAGAGUUAUUGACAGUGGUUUUUGCCUUUGAAAAAAAAGGCACAGAAAAUCAAGUUGUGGAUCACUUGUCAAGACUAGAGGAGGAAGCUAUGCAGAAGGUUGCUAAGGGAUUAGAGAUUGAUGAUAAUUUUCCAGAUAAACAGAUAUUUACAGCUUCCGAAGAUCUAAUUCCAUGGCUUCAUUUGUUUCCAGGUAAGCUAAAGUCAAGAUGGCAUGGUCCUUUCACAAUGACAAAGGUUGGCCCCUAUGGUGAUUUAGAACUAAAGAAGAAUGGUGUAAGCCCAUUCAAGGUAAAUGGACACAGAGUAAAGCACUAUAUGGGAAAUGCUAAAGUGGUGAAGGAGCUAGCUGGUAUUGACAUUGAUGAAGUUUGA